AUGCCGUCCCAAGGGGAUAGCUCCACCCGUGACCGGGAGCUCGUCAAGUUCGAUUCCGGUCGGCAGUUAUCUGUUCCAAUGUGGGAUAGUUCAGAUCCCGAGCGUGCACCACCGCCGCUGCCCUUAAAUCCUCGCUCAAUGAGCCCUGUGACCAAAUCCAAUGUGUCGCCCGGCAUUCAAGCUGUUGCAGCCAAGUUUACCGAUAGAGCAACGGAGAACGCUCUCAGUUCAUACACCACGAAUGCCAUGCCCAAGUCGUCAUCACCAGAGCGAUCAUUGGUAAAGGGCCAUCACAAGCGCAUGCAGUCUCUUCAGCCCAAUGACACAAAGGGCGAUGCGCGCUCCGAAUUCCUCAACUAUCUGGAGAGUCGGUCGCCGGAACGACCUCUUCGCGCAACUAUUCUGGACCCGACGAACAAGCAAGAUGUGAAUAUCCGGGCUGGGUCACCAACCAGUCGAUCCCCAGAGCGGGACAUCCCCAGCUAUGUUUCGAGUCGUUUCCUGUCAAAACCAAUUAUUGGAGAAACUACUCCUUCCUCCCCAACAAUGUUGGCGCUUCAAAACAUGCAACUUCCCGAAGCAGAGCCCGAGCCCAGUGCCCUGAUCGAAACCGGAAAACAUACCAUGGGUACCCUCUCCUCCCAAAUCCUCAGCCUCACCGAAAUUGCCAGCAACCUCCAGCGUGAAAUGUCCAAUCUCAGCCGAAGAAGCAAAGAUAAUGCCACCGAUCUUGUCAGCUUAAAGGCCGCGACCAAUGCACGCGACGAAGAUAUUCGAAAGAGCUUGAAGGAAUUGACAUCGAACCUGUCAACCAAGUUUUUGGAUGUGGACCCUGCAAGGUUUGAUUUCCAUGCAAUCCUGAAGCGUGAACGUGGAAUUGACAGCAGUGAUUCGGAUAGUUCUCCCAACUCGAAGAGAAGCUACUCUGUGCCUCGCAUGCCCAGCCCUAACAUAUUUAAUUAUGAUCGCGAUUUUGCCGGCUCUCCUGCACCGAUUUCCGAUGGUUCUGCCAGCAUCGCCCUCCUUGAAAAGGUAUUACGCGAAAUGGCAACCAAAGAAGGCGAGGAGAGGCUUUUGGAGCUUGUGGACGAGAUCAAGUCUCGACCCGCUGCAACCGCCUCUGACAAGGAAUCUGAUAAGAAGAUCACUAACAUGCUCGAAGAAAUCCUCAACCUCGUCAAGGAAGAUCCUUCUAGCAGAGCCCUUGUUCGCGCUAUGAGUAGUCCAAAUAACCUGCAGCCAGGUGACAAUCUCGAUGGUGCUCGCCCUAGGUCAAUGGACUCUAUGGAUCCCUCAGCCGCUGUGCGCCCACUGGACGUUCUGAAAGGUGACAAGCUGGACCUAUCCCUCUCUGGCAACGAAGAAAUUCUUGCCAUCCUUCGCACUGUUAAGAACACUGUCGUUGAGAGCGGAGGUAUGACGAACAGCGUGAAAGCUCUGGUGCGCGAAUUGCGCGGAGAAGUCCUUGGAAUGGGACGCGAUCUUGCUCGCAGACUGGAAACCGUCGACGAGACCCGCGCAAUUGGCGAGGAGCAAAAGCCUCCCGGCCCCAGCCCUGAUGAGAUUGCCGCCAUCAUCAAUGAGAGCCUUGGGGACCUUAAGGAGCAGCUGGCUGCUACCAUAAACGAAAGCCGACAAAACUCCUCGGCAUUCGCCGAACUCCAAUCCACCAUGAACAGUGCUGCCAUCUACUCCGUCGUUAAAAGAGCUCUUGAUGAGCUUGAGCUUCCUCAGCCUGAAGCCGCUCCCAAUGGUUCAAUCAUGGAGAAGGAGGAGAUCCUAGAGACAGUUCGUGAAGCGAUGGAGACCUACCGACCUGAGAUUGAGCUGCAAAACUUCGGUUUAGAGCGUGAAGAGGUCCUGGAGUGUCUCUCUGAGGGCCUCAAGUCUUACCAACCCCAGCACGAGGAAUCCUUGACCUUCGAGCAGGUUCUUGGAGCUGUUCGGACAGGUCUCCAGGACUUCCAGCUCCCGCAAACCCCGACUAUCACUCGCGAUGAAAUUAUCAUGACAAUACGUGAAUGUCUCGAGAAUUCCGAGCCUACCUCCCGCAGUCUGGAUGAAGAGCAUGUCGGUCACCUUCAUUCCAUGCGUGAUGAUAUUCUUGGCGCCGUCGCAGGAGUGAUGGAGAAGCCGACACCCCGCGGUUUCGAUGACGAGCAUGCUCAGCACCUUAACACGAUUCGCGACGAGAUUCUGGGUGCCCUCGCCGACACCAUGGAGAAGCACGGCUCUCAAGGCCUUACUGAAGAGCACGCCAACCUCUUAUAUGCCAUUCGAGACGAGAUCAUGGGUGCCGUCACAGAAAACCAGGAGAAGUCUGUCUCGCGUGGACUGGACGAGGAACACAUGCAAUACCUCAACUCUGUUCGAGAUGAUAUCCUUCAUGCUAUGGCGGAAACGAAUGAGAAAGCCAGCUCUCGUGGUCUGGCUGAGGAGCACAUUCAUAAUCUCCAUGCGGUUCGAGAUGAGAUCAUGGGUGUCCUCACCGAGAUUCAGGAGAAGCCUGCCCCUGGUGGUCUGGAUGAGGCGCACAUUCAAAAUCUCCAUGCGGUUCGAGAUGAGAUCAUGGGUGUCCUCACCGAGAUUCAGGAGAAGCCUGCCCCUGGUGGUCUGGAUGAGGCGCACAUUCAGAAUCUCCAUGCGGUUCGAGAUGAGAUCAUGGGUGUCCUCACCGAGAUUCAGGAGAAGCCUACCCCUGGUGGUCUGGAUGAGGUGCACAUUCAAAAUCUCCAUGCGGUUCGAGAUGAGAUCAUGGGUGUCCUCACCGAGAUUCAGGAGAAGCCUGCUCCUCCUGGUGGAUUGGACGAGGAGCAUAUUCAAUACCUCAACUCCAUUCGAGACGAUAUUCUCCACGCUCUGGCAGAAGCAAUGACCAACCCCCCCUACCGCGAAAACCAUGGACGAGGAACAUAG